AUGUAUAUGGACCCAAAUUUAUGAAAGUUUAGCAGCAAAGUUUUUACGUAUGGAAAUGCUACUUUUUGCAAACUUAAAACUCCCGUGGAACAACUGACGUGAACUUUGCUUUCAGGUCAUAAUUUGCUUGAAGAGCAAGCUAUCAAGAAAUGCUGCAGCGGUGUAUCCUAAUCGUCUUAUUCAUCACGAAUCAUCAUGUGGGAACAGCAAAAAACAUUUAUGAUACUUGGACGAAAAUUGGAAGAAUAUACAUCUAUAUUUCAAACAAAACGCCAGAACUCUUUGGGAAAGAAGCAGAGCAAGUGUGUUUACAAAUGAAUUCAACAUUGCUUUUACCUAAAGAUAAUGAAACAAUGUCCUAUUUGUACGAGGCUUUGCCCUAUGGAAAAUACUUUUUAACAGGCUUUGUAAGAAAAAGAACCCAGGAUUGCGAUAAUCUGGAAAAGAUUCUCACGACUAACGAGCAAGUUAACGAUGGUUACUACUGUAUGUUUACAAAGCAAAAUGCAAAUCAAUCUUUUCGGUGGUCUUAUGAACACACAGUUAGGAGACCUUAUAUUUGUCAAAAAGAAGAAGGGCCCAAUGAUGUAACUGUAACAACUUUCUCAACGUCUACUAGUCUGGAGUUAACCUCUGAGAUACUUACAGGAUCGCAUGUCCCAGAGAAAGUUGACUUGUUCAUAAUUGCCAUAUCGAUAAGUUUAGCCAUUCUAAUUAUAUUAGUCUUCAUUGCUUUGAUCUUUGUUUUGAAAAUCAAAGCUAAUCAGAAAAAACGUAAAAAGGAAUCAAGAUUUACAAUGCAUGUUACAGAGAUGUCUAAUGAGGAUGAAGUUGGUACCGGUACCUACGACAGCAUAAAAAAUCAUCUAAGUACCAUUGAAAUAAAACAAAAGGACACAUCAACCACGGAACUGGUUACAAAUCUUAUUCUUCCAGAAAUACCCCACAACACUAACGUUAAACGCGUUCCUUCCAGUCAGGAGACCAACAAGAUAGAUGAAGGCAGAUAUCUCAAUGAUGAAGGUCUGGUGUAUGUCACAGUAAAUCAUGCACAACAAUCUGUCAAUCUGACUAUAGUGAAUAAACCUGACACCGAAGAAAACGAAGUUGUGUAUGCAACGGUACAUAAACCUAAAUAACGGAACUUACAAUAGUGAACAUUAUAUAAUUCUACUAUUUCUAGUCUUUGUAACUUUUAAAUAUAUAAUUAUGGCGAAAAUUGUAAAUAUUGUUUACAGUUUGUUUUCUUCUUAAUAUUAACCAAGCGAACAAAUACAAUGCCUUUUAAUGUAUAUAUAAUGUGAAAUUAUAAUGUAUCUAUCUUGUUUAUAUUUGUAUAUUUGUUAUAAAUAAUAUAAGAUAAGAGAUAAGAUAAGAUAAUUUUUAUUGAUCCAAUAAAAUGGAAAUUCAGUUUGACUACAAUUGACAACCUCAGCGUAGCUACUGUACAAAAACAAGAUAGAUGAAAAAUUCGAACGACAUUCACACACGAAACACAUUCACAACCAGCGCUAGGCCCUAUAUGACUUUGACUUCUAUGAACUUCUCGAUGACGACAUCUGAUCUUGUAACACUCUGAACGAUAGUGGGAUAAAGGAGUUUUUAAUUCUGUCGGUUUCAGUCCUAAUGGAAAGGAGACGACCACUUCUUUCAGAUUUUAUGUAACUGGUUUAAUGGGUGCAGGUUGUCCUAAAGAAUCGUGAGUGUUUUGGAAAUGCAUCUUUCUUGAAAAAGCUCUUCAAGAAAUGGUAGCUGUAUUUGAGUGCUGUAAGAUCCUUUUUUAAUUAGUCUAUUUAGCCUAUGUCUUGUGCCAGUGAAGUAUUACCAUACCAGCAGGGAAUGGCAAAGUUGAUUGAUUAAACUGCUGAUAUUUGCUAUAUAUAUAUAUUGUAUUUUUCUUUUAAUGAUUUCCAUGAGAUAAAAAGUUUGCUAAUUUAAUACACAAAAGUAUCUUUCUCACGCUCAUUUUGGUUCUGUUUACUAAGCUUUCCCUCAGAUUUUUCUUUUUUUGUAUCUCUUCUUUCUCUCUAUCUGUCUUUCUUUCUCUUCAUCUCUUUUUCCCUCUUCUCCUCACAUACACACGCACUUUAUUAUAUAUCUCCAUUUAGUCAUUUUCUCUUUCUCAGUCCCACAUUUUUUUAUCUCCUUUUUUCUUCUUCACUCCCUUGUCAUUUAUUUCUGUCUCACUCCUUUAUUUUUCUGUUUCUUUAUUUGAUUCUCUGUGAAAUACUCUUUGUUGCACACUUUUUCUUCCAGAAAACCUCUGCAUUUGUGCUUUUCACUAAGCUUUUUCAUUAUGGGUUCCUUGGGCUCAAGGCCUCUUAUCAUUGCCUCUUUUUGGGGCUUUCCUUCUUUACCUCUUUUUCGGCCUUUCUGCCUUUUUUGUGGAGCUUUUUUAUUGCAUUUUUUAAACAUUUUAUAUACAUGUGAAGUGUGAAAGGAAUUAAACAACAGUAUAAAAUAUGAUUAAGUUAUACAUAAAUAGUAUAUAUUUUGUUAAAAUUUAUUUCACUUCUCUUAAUGUCUCUAUAUUACACAUCACUCAUUAAUUUAUCUAGACUGAACGUUAUAACGUAUAUCAAUGUUUUAUAUAUUGGUCUAUCAAACUAGAUAUAAUGAGAACUAUUUGAGUCGUCUUUGAAAUGGUCCAUAGAGACACAUUGUGUUGUCUGGCUUUGACAUUAUCGAAAUGAUAUGUUGCCUUCUGUUGGUGAAAUAUUAAAGAGAUUGUAAAGAUCACAUACAGGGAUAAAGUGUUCGGUGGUUAUGUCAUAGCUAUCUACGUAUGAGGUCACGCUUAUAUAAAUCGCGAGCAGGGAGAUAAUGUUUUACAUCUUUAUUUUAUCGACUGAAUCAAGCAACCAAAACAUACGUUGCCUUUUUAAUAUCGGAAAUUAGCUUAUUUCUACAUUGUAAUUUCAAAUAAAAGCUGAUGUGGUUACAGAUUAAUUUGUUAAUGAAUUAGCUAUUUAUGGUUAAUACAGAUGAUUUAUAUUAUUGAUUAUGUAGAAAGUGAACCAUUUAAUUGAUUUUGGCACUUUUA